UUGGUAAGCGGUGGUAAGGCAAAAGGAAGAGGAGCUGGAGCCCUCUUCAGAGGGACCCAGCUAGACAUGGAGUCCUGUAAUGGGAGGACUCUGGUUUUGAGGGCUCUUCUCCUCCUUAUUCUGCUCCUUAAAUGCUUUGUCAGCUCCAACCACUUCUCUGACAACCAGGUUGUGCUUCUCGAUACAACAACAGCCAUUGGAGAAUUAGGAUGGAAGACAUAUCCAUUAAAUGGGUGGGAUGCCAUCACAGAAAUGGAUGAAUACAACCGACCUAUUCAUACAUACCAGGUAUGUAACGUCAUGGAGGCAAAUCAGAACAACUGGCUUCGUACCAACUGGAUCUCUCGGGAUGCUGCGCAAAAAGUGUUUGUGGAGAUGAAAUUUACACUCAGGGACUGUAACAGCAUUCCUUGGGUGGUGGGCACCUGCAAGGAGACAUUUAACCUUUACUACAUUGAAUCCGAUGAGGCACAUGGACAAAAGUUCAAGCCAAGCCAGUAUAGUAAGAUAGACACCAUUGCUGCUGACGAAAGCUUCACCCAGAUGGAUUUGGGUGAUCGCAUCCUCAAACUCAACACUGAAGUGCGGGAGGUGGGUCCCAUUUCUAAAAAAGGAUUCUACCUUGCUUUCCAAGACAUUGGUGCCUGCAUUGCUUUAGUCUCUGUGAGAGUCUACUACAAAAAGUGUCCGUAUAUGGUGCGCAAUCUCGCAAUGUUUCCGGAUACCAUUCCAAGAGUUGAUUCGUCUUCCCUUGUUGAAGUCAGAGGGUCCUGUAUAAAGUACGCGGAAGAGAGGGACACUCCUAAAUUGUACUGUGGAGCUGAUGGGGACUGGCUUGUACCUCUAGGACGAUGUGUCUGCAGUGUUGGCUAUGAGGAGUUGGAUGGAACCUGCCAUGCGUGUCGGCCUGGAUUCUACAAGGCGUUUGCUGGAAAUAUCAAGUGUUCCAAAUGUCCUCCACAUAGCUUCACAUAUGUAGAGGCCACGACGGUCUGCCAGUGUGAAAAAGGCUACUUCAGAGCAGAGAAAGACCCGCCAGCCAUGGCAUGCACAAAACCACCUUCGGCUCCAAGAAAUGUCAAUUUUAACUUGAAUGAAACAGCUCUGUAUCUGGAGUGGAGUCCACCAUUUGACACCGGAGGCAGGAAGGACCUUAUCUACAAUGUAAUUUGCAAGAAAUGUGGGUUAGACCCCAGCCAAUGUGAACUUUGUGGUGGGGGAAUUCGUUUUGUACCUCGACAUUCAGGAUUAGUUAACUCCUCGGUAACGAUCGUGGACUUUUUAUCUCAUGUCAACUACACUUUUGAUAUUGAGGCAGUGAAUGGGGUCUCGGAACUCAGCCAAUUUCCCCGACAAUAUACUUCCAUCACCAUCACCACAGAUCAAGAAGGUCCUUCACUAAUUGGCAUGGUGAGGAAAGACUGGGCCUCUCAAAACAGCAUUGCUCUUUCAUGGCAAGAACCUGACUAUCCUAAUGGGGUCAUUCUGGACUACGAGAUCAAGUACUAUGAGAAAGAACAUGAACAGCUCAGUUAUUCCUCCACGAGAUCCAAAGCUCCCAGCGUUAUUAUCACAGGCCUCAAGCCCUCCACCAAGUAUAUAUUUCACAUCCGAGUCAGGACCGCCGCAGGAUACACGGGUUACAGUCACAAGUUUGAAUUUGAAACUGGAGAUGAAACUUCUGAUAUGGCAGCAGAACAAGGGCAAAUUCUGGUCAUAGCCACCGCUGCAGUUGGAGGAUUUACUCUCUUGGUCAUACUUACUCUGUUCUUCCUCAUCACUGGCCGGUGCCAGUGGUAUAUUAAAGCAAAAAUGAAAUCUGAAGAGAAAAGGCGAGCAAACCUGCAAAAUGGAAACUUGAGGUUCCCUGGAACUAAAACCUACAUUGAUCCCGACACGUAUGAAGACCCUUCUUUGGCUGUUCAUGAGUUUGCAAAAGAGAUAGACCCAUCCAGAAUCCGCAUUGAAAGAGUAAUUGGCGCAGGGGAGUUUGGAGAGGUUUGUAGCGGAAGAUUGAAGACGCCUGCAAAGAAAGAAAUCCCUGUGGCCAUUAAAACUUUAAAAGGAGGUUACAUGGACAGGCAGCGGCGAGAUUUUCUGCGAGAAGCCAGUAUCAUGGGACAGUUUGAUCAUCCAAAUAUCAUCCGGCUCGAAGGAGUCGUUACAAAAAGCAGACCUGUAAUGAUUGUGGUUGAAUACAUGGAGAAUGGAUCCCUGGACUCAUUUCUGCGGAAACAUGAUGGCCAUUUUACAGUCAUCCAGCUGGUGGGCAUGCUGCGAGGAAUCGCCUCUGGAAUGAGAUACCUCUCUGACAUGGGAUAUGUUCAUCGGGAUUUGGCUGCCAGGAAUAUCCUUGUCAACAGCAACCUCGUGUGCAAAGUCUCAGAUUUUGGACUUUCAAGGGUGUUAGAAGAUGAUCCUGAAGCAGCUUACACAACCACAGGUGGAAAAAUUCCCAUCCGGUGGACAGCCCCAGAAGCAAUAGCCUAUCGAAAGUUUUCUUCUGCAAGUGAUACCUGGAGUUAUGGGAUUGUGAUGUGGGAAGUGAUGUCUUACGGAGAGAGGCCAUACUGGGAGAUGUCUAAUCAAGAUGUCAUCCUGUCGAUAGAAGAAGGUUAUCGUCUCCCUGCUCCAAUGGGUUGCUCAGUCCCUCUUCAUCAGUUAAUGCUUCUCUGCUGGCAGAAAGAAAGAAAUCACCGACCUAAGUUCUCAGACAUUGUGAGCUUUCUAGACAAGCUCAUACGCAACCCCAGCUCCCUUAAUAUUCUGGUUGAAGAUGUUCUGGGCAUGCCAGAAUCACCGGGGGACACACCAGAAUAUCACUUCUUUGUCACAGUCACAGAGUGGUUAGAUUCUAUAAAGAUGGGUCAGUACGCUAGUAACUUCAUGGCGGCUGGGUUCACAACGUUGGACUUGGUUUGCAGAAUGAGCAUUGAUGACAUCAGAAGGAUUGGUGUGACGCUCAUUGGACACCAGAGAAGAAUAGUGAGCAGCAUACAGACUUUACGAUUACAAUUGAUGCAUAUACAAGAAAAGGGAUUUCAUGUAUGAAAAUAGUUGAAGCAACUGUUUUGUGCCUCAGUAUUUCUUUAACGGAAGAGAUUCUUAUUCCUCAUCAUGGAUUCUCGCUCUCUAAACUACCGGACUCUUGUGAAGAGAAAGAGAGGGAGAUCUCAACACUUCCAGACUGAAGUUUUUGAAAACUUUAAAUAGAUAUGUCUUCAAGUUACGGACAAGUAGAAUCCUGGGCCCCACUGCAAGACUCCUGGCAACUGAUGAAUGACUACGCAUGGGUGUAAAACGUUGUGCGGCAUCUGAUCAUGAACUCAACGGCGGUCGCAUCAACUCUAGCUUCCUUCUCAUGUAGCAAGAUGGUGGUAUCAGUCUAACCUACCGACUGCUGUGGUUUUGUAAUCUUGUAGCUAAUAUAAAUUGUGUAUAUUAAAAUAAAAGAGAAUACAGAAAAUAUAGAAAGAACAUGUUAGAUGAAUUUUGGAUGUAGUGCUUUCAAUGUACCUGUUAAAGAGGUUGUCUGGUUUAGAAAAAUCAGUCAAGUAAUAGGAACAUUGAGUUAAUAUGGAAGGUCUCCCGUUCAGGUCUCUAAUCUAUUAUCCAGAGCAGAGGGAAGCUAUAACGAGCAUCUCUGGGUCUGGAGGACCUAGCAAGUCUAUGAAUUACAAUGGAACAUAUGUAAUGGUUAAUUUUCCCUGCGGUGGUGCUGUAGGGAAAUUUAACACCUACUGCCAGGUUGGCCCAAAGAUUAGAGCUGAUCACUAAAUGUCCCAACAACAAGACAGCUUAUGAUUAGCUUACGGUCAGGAGACCCUUCUAACAAAAAGGCACCACCGAAAGUAGACAACCUCUUUAAUGUCACACAAUGAAGGCAGCCAAUUUGAGGACCAGAUAAUAUGGCGAAUUGACAUUACUGAAGCAAGAGGCACUUUAUUUACAUCUAAGUGAUGUCACUAGUUCCCGAUGAAUGCACAAGGAGGAAACGGGUCAACAUCAAAUGGCUGCCCCCGUUGUGUGUAGGUCAUGGGUGCAAUGUGGAUAUCCAAAACUGUAGCUGCUAAUGUUUUUUUUUUUUUUCCUUAUUUUUGGAGAGUAAUAGAUAUAUCUACAAUGGUUUGAUAUAGUGAGCUUGUGUGUAUGGAUAUUUGAGGUAAUAACGAAGUGUACUUCCUGAGGCCCAGGAUUGCAUUGUCCAUGUAAUCGAUGCUCUAUAUUCUUGUACUUUUACAGUUUAGAAUCGAAAAAAAGAAAUCUUUGUCUUCUAGUGUUUUUACUUCAUCUAUGCCUCAGAAAUACUUUCCAUAAAAAAGAUGCAAGAGAGCUUUGCUAGUCUCAUGAGCAGCCAGGACGUGGACCUACCUGUCCGAUGUUUUCUAGAGAAUAUAUAAAAGCACAUGGUCAAAUAUACAAUAGGACAUAGAUUAUAUAUAAAUGUUUCAGUACUCCACGUCUUUCAUGGUUCAGUAUGGGUAUCAUAAAGAUCUGUUUAGUUGGUCAGUACCACUUUCUUUUCCUUCCUCAUGUAUAGUGGCAUAUAGUGCCUUUUACAGGGUCUGUCAUAUUAACAUAGGAUUGCUGCUUUUUGAAAGACCCAAUAAAAGUUCUCUUCAAGGUUAAUUCAAAGUUACUACUUGAUAUCUUAUUUCUGUAUUUCUUCAACCAAUACGAGUGGUACACACUAUGGUCAGCCCACAACGCCCAAGUACAGAGCCACUGAGAUAGCCACAGAAAAUAUAAAAUCAUUAUCCAUAGACAUCUGGAUCAGAAUUGUAACCGUGCAGGAAUACGAAGGAUGUUUAGUUUAUGUUUAUAUUGUAUUUUGCAUUCUGUAUUUCAAAUUAGGUCUAGAAUUUCAUGAACCUUGAAGCCAGACUUGUAUUGUACAUGAGUACACAUGGCAAUGGGGAUCCGGGGUAGAGUCUAUAAUGGAUAAAGAGUCCUGGCCUAAGACCUCUCUAACAUAAAAGGGUUUUUUGGAUCUAAAGUAUCUGUGGCACUUCCAACAGAUAAACAUAAGUGAUACUUACAAGGCCCCAACUGUUGAGAGAAGGAUUGGCCAGCUUGAAUGGAAAAGUUGUGGCCCUUCCAUGCAGCUCUUGAAAUUUAAAAGUAACCCAUCAACAGCUUUAUGCUGCCCAAACCACAGACAGCUUUUUUUAUAGUUUUAAAAAUGACUUUGGCGCGGAGAGAGAUGCAGCUUUCCACCAGGAGAAGCUGAAGGAGAACUGCCUAGCAGACACAUCUCCCUAUAUGUAGCUCUUCUUAAAACUAUGGAGGUCAUUAACUAAGUGAUAUACGCCAGUUUUCUGGGGUAUACCCGUCACAGAUCUGCGACUUUUCCUCGCUCAUGCCUCAGGUCCAAAAAAAGGGGCAUAGCAUGGGUGGGAAAAGGGACCGGUCGGCAUGCCUGUAUCUUUUAUCAUUUUCUAUGCCAGUUAUAGGCAUAGAAAAUGGUCUAAAUUUAGGCUGGCUUACAUUUUUACUGGUGCCUCUUCAUAACUUUGGUGGUUCCACCUCCAGCGCACAGGGUUAUUAAGACCGGCGUCUAUAAUGCCGCUCUUAAUAAAUGACCCCCCAUGUUUUUUAUGAAGCACUGUUAAAUUAGGUACCCUGUCAGGAUUUCAUGCUGGCCAUCUUUUAUGCAGCAGGAAACUGCUGAGAGUUUCCCUCUAAAGGAGUUAUCUUGGAUUUUACUAUUUUUUAGCCAAUUCACAGGAUAGCCCAUUAAUAUCUAAUUGGUAGAGGUCUACACCCCCGCCCAUCAGCUGCUUCAGGGUAGCUCCAGUGUUGGAACAGCUCCGUCCAUUGUGUAGUGAACAGAGCUGGUAACUGCAGCACUGCUCUCGGUGACCAACUCCAACCACUACACAAUGGACAGAGCCGUAUAGUGCCGUUGCCGGUGCUACCCAAAAAACAGCGGAUUGACAGGGUUGCGGAGUGUUGGACCCUUGAAAUUCACAUAUUGAUGGCCUAUAUUGAGGAUAGCUUAUCCAUAGCAAAAUCCUGGAGAACCCCAUUAAGUUUAUGGAAGGAAGGAGGUAACAUUGAAGGCCCCAUCUUAGUGUGUUGUACAAUCACUUUCUUGGUUCAGUGGCAUACCCACCAUAUAGACAGACCACGAGAAUGCUAUACAGCCCGUGGAGCCGGGGGGUCUUGAACUGAACUGCUUCCCCAGCCUACUGUUGCACAGCCUAAACAAUUGCCUGAGGCCGCCACUAGGGGGGCUUAUUAAAUACAUAUUUUUAAAGCCCUCAUUGCUAGAUGAGUAUUGCUGCAUGCAUUAAUGCCAGAAAGCAUAAGGAUACUCGCAAGAUCCUAUUAUAGAGUCAACGGGGAUCUGGCAGUGUCUGACUAUGUCAGAUACGGUCACUCCAGUAGUCGGACUACUGGAUUACUUUAGCGGAGAUGUGAAUGUUCGCAGGGAAGGCUCCAGAGUUGUGGAUUAUCUGUCCAUUUAACAGAAUACAGGUACCAUGUAAUGUUUUAUUUUAAAGCAUACCUAAACCUCCACCCAAAGGAUGGAAGCUGUAGCGACACUCCUCAGAGCGUUACGCAUUUUCCGCUUCCAUCUGCUUCUGCAGCAUGCGGAGUAUGGAUCCUAUAUAUACUUUGUAUAGAUCUGUACUCUGACAAUUGCUGCUGCACCUUCCAUGUUGCGCAAAGGUUUUGGUACCCACUAAAUUAAAAGGUCAGAGCUUAUUACAGAUCUGAGUUGCACAAAUCCUUAAA